AACGAGGCAACGACAGUCUGUGUCUAUGCUUAGACCUCGAUAGUUGGGCGCGGCGAGUAGUUCGUGUAAACGUGACCGAAUACGCAAAUCCAAGAUCGACUUAAACGGCGACUGCCCUCGGCCCCCUUUUCAAUUCCCUACAUACAUAAAAGCGUUUGCGCUCUUCCACUGUGACUGGUGUGCGUGCAUCAGCUGUUGACAAAUUAAUGAGCACUGCUUGGCCUUAGUCGACUUUCGGCUUGGCAAUCAAAACGAAUUUUUCUAUUGAAAAUUAGCGAAAUGACUGGAUCAGUACACGAUCCGAAAUGGAGCCUGGAGCGAAGAGAAUCUUCAGGUCAUUUGGUGUGGCGUAAAGAGUCACCAUCAUCGAAGGUACGAUUUCGUUUCGACGUGGAAGUCUUGGAAUUCGAAAAACACCCAAACGAGGAACUGGAUCACAAAGAAGAGCACUUCUCGAUCACAAACCUAUCAUCAACGAUUGCCCUCUGUGCCACAUGUGUAGCCGUUGUUGCUGCAUCUGUAUUCCUGCCCUGGUACCUCAUGGAAAAGGUCGGAUCGUUGUAAAAGCAGUGCGAUGGCAUAAGAAUGUGCAUUGUAUAUCACUUGACGGUAUUAAGUAGGAUUAUGUAUAUAAACGUGCAUAGAUUUAAGUAAUAUUACAAUGUGUAAAUAUGAGUGUAAAUAAUGCGUAAUAGACCUAAAACUAAGGCUUUAAAUGCAAAUUAUAACAGACUGUUUGCAAUAAAAUGAUUUCAUUUCAAUGAA